GCAGCUGCAGCAGCGACAGCUGGCGUGGAACAACAACAGCAGCAGGAGCAGCAGCAUUAGCAACAGCAGCAGCAGGAGGAGGAGGAACAGCAAGACCAACAGGUGUAGCAGCAGCAGUGUGACCAUCGUGAGAAGCCACAUCAGCCACAUGAGCAGUGGCUGGAGGAAGAGCAGCAGCAGCAGCAAUAGCAAGCGCGUGAUCAACAGCUGCUACAUCAGCAGCAGCAGAUUCGGAAACAACAUCGUCAAUAGCAGCAGGCGCAUACAAGCAACCCGAGCAAUAGCAUAAUUAGCAUCAUCAUCAGUAUUAACAUCAUUAUAAUCAGCAGCAGCAACAACACUAUCAUCAGCAGCUACAGCCGGUAGGCGCACGUAACCAACACCUGCAAUAGCAUCAUCAUUGGCAUAAUUGCCAUCAUAACCAAUAUCAUCAUCAGCGCCAGCAGUAUCAUAAUCAACAGCAGCAACAACAGUAUCAUCAUCAGCAGGAGGCAGGCAGGCAGGCACAGCUAACCAACUCCAGCAGCAGCAGCAUCAUCAUCAUCAUAAGCAGGAUGCUGCAGGGCGAGGCGCCGUGCCCCGGUGCCCCGGCCACGCUGGACAUCGUCUCGGCCUCCCCGUGCCUCGCCAAGGUGGAGCUGCGCGUGUCUCUGCGUGGCCUGCACGACCGCGACGCCCUCUCCCGCACCAACCCCUGCGUGGCGCUGCUCAUGCAGUCGUGCGCCCAAUGGAUGGAGGUGGAGCGCACGGAGGUGAUGAAGAGCACCUUGAGUCCCGUCUUCUCCAAGGUCUUCACAGUUGACUACUACUUCGAGGAGGUGCAGAAGCUGCGCUUCGAGGUCUACGACGUGAACGGCGGCUCGAGGCUCGGCUCCCGCGAGGAGGACUUCCUGGGCGCCACGGAGUGCACCCUGGGGCAGAUCGUGUCGCAGAGAAGGAUCACGAAGGGACUGACGCAGAAGCACGGCAAGCCCGCGGGAAAAUCCGCGAUCACGGUGAUCGCGGACGAGUUGACGGGGAACAACGACUUCGUGGAGCUGUCGUUUCACGCGAGGAAGCUCGAUGACAAGGACUUCUUCAGCAAGUCGGACCCCUUCCUGGAGAUUUACCGCCUCAACGACGACGGCUCCCAGCAGCUCGUGCACCGGACCGAGGUGAUUAUGGACAAUCUCAAUCCCGUGUGGGAUCCCUUCAAGGUGUCCAUCCAGGCGCUGUGCUGCUGCGACUAUGAGAGGCAACUCAAGUGCAUGGUGUGGGACUGGGACUCGAACGGGAAACACGACUUCAUCGGUGAGCUGUGCACCACCUUUCACGAGAUGCUGGGCGCGCAGGACGGGCGGCAGGUGCAGUGGGACUGCAUCAACCCCAAGUACAAAGCGAAGAAGCGACGCUACAAGAACUCUGGCGUGCUCAUCCUGUCGCACUGCAAGAUCAUUAAGAUCUACUCCUUCCUGGAGUACAUCAUGGGGGGCUGCCAGAUUCAGUUCACGGUGGCGAUCGACUUCACGGCCUCGAACGGGGACCCGCAGAACAGCUGUUCGCUGCACUACAUCCACCCCUACCAGCCCAACGAGUACCUCAAGGCUCUGGUGGCCGUGGGAGAGAUUUGCCAGGAUUACGAUAGUGACAAGAUGUUCCCGGCGUUUGGUUUUGGUGCAAGGAUCCCCCCAGACUUCACCGUUUCACAUGACUUCCCACUCAACAUGGACCCAGACAACCCGGAGUGUGCAGGUGAGUGUGCAGGCAUCCAGGGUGUGGUGGAGGCCUACCAGAACUGCUUGCCCAAGCUGCAGCUGUACGGCCCAACCAACAUCGCGCCCAUCAUCGCCAAGGUGGCCAAGGUGGCGGCUGAAGAGGAAAUCACAGGGCAGGCGUCGCAAUUCUUCAUCCUGCUCAUCCUGACGGACGGCGUGGUGACGGACAUGGGCGACACGCGCGAGGCCAUCGUGCGCGCCUCGCGGCUGCCCAUGUCCAUCAUUAUCGUGGGCGUGGGCAACGCCGACUUCACCGACAUGCACAUGCUGGACGGCGACGACGGCGUGCUGCGCUCGCCCCGCGGAGAGCCCACGGCGAGAGACAUCGUACAGUUCGUGCCCUUCCGUGACUUCAAGAGCGCGUCCCCGGAGGCGCUGGCCAAGUGCGUGCUGGCCGAGGUGCCCAAGCAGGUGGUGGAGUACUACAGCACCAAGAGCCUCGUGCCACGAAGCCUGGCCAACGAGAUGCAGCUCACCGGGUCCUCGCCUCUCCAACUAUAGCCUCACCACACUCCCACCCGGGCCCCCCUCCCACCACACCCCCCCCCCCCCCCCCCCCCACCAUGCAUGAUCAUCCACGCGACUGCCCUCAAAUCCUCCUCCCAGCUUCUAGUAUUCUCUGGUAAUCCAACCCGCUGCCCUUUAUAGCAGCCCCCUUGGUUCCACGGUUACACCAAUCAUAAACCCUUUGGUUUGUCUCCAAGGUCACCAGGUCAACCGAGUCCUCUGCUUCAUCAUCCUGGUCUUCCUGGUUCUAAGGUCGUCCAUAUCCGAGGUCCUAUGGUUCUCCAGUCUCACAGGCCACCAAUGAUUUGUCUCCAAUGUUUCCCUCUCCAAGUCGUCGCUUCUAGAGACUCCGUCCCGUUGUAAUCUGCAGGUUCGCAGGAACUCAUUGACCUUCCCUGACUUCCACGUUCCUUGCUUUCAGGUCAUCCCUGGGCGACACGGUGGCUAGGAGAUGCUAACUACCUCGCCUGGUAUACAGGAGGUCGUGGGUUCGAUCCCGACCCUGAUGACGCCUGCGGUAUAUUUGGAGUUUGCAUGUUUCUCUCCCCG